UAGAGUGACAUUUCAAAUUGCAUUUCAUUUGCCGGCAGCAGUUAAAAGACACGCAAAUAUCUCUUUGCAAAAUAUGAACAUUAUUGUGGUAAAAAAUGAAGCUGAGGUUGUCGAAAAACUUAAGCAAGAAAUAGAGCAACGGUCUGAAGAAGCUCUAAAGACAAGAGGAGUCUUUCGGCUGGGUUUAUCAGGUGGCUCUUUGGUUAGCUAUUUAAGCUCGGCCUUAGAGUCCAUAAAAUCUUCUGAUUUGGACAAGUGGCAAUUCUUCUUUUGUGAUGAACGCUUUGUUCCGGAUACAGAUGGUGACUCCACGUAUGGUGUAUACAAAACAGCUCUCAUACCCAAGACUACACUAAAAGAAAAACAGUUUGUUUGGAUUGAUCUUAGUGGAAGUGUAGAAAAUUGUGCCGAAGAUUAUGAAAAGAAAAUAUUGAAGGAAUUCAGUAUGGAGAAAGCAUCGGUGCCACGUUUUGAUUUGCUUCUCUUGGGCAUGGGUCCAGAUGGCCAUACAUGUUCAUUAUUUCUCGGACAUGCUCUGCUUGAGGAACAUCACAAGCUUAUAGCGUCCAUAGAUGAUUCUCCAAAACCACCUCCGAAAAGAAUCACAAUGACCUUACCAUUAAUAAAUAAUGCUUCAUGUUGCAUAUUCGCAAUGUGUGGUGAGGGUAAGGCAGAUAUGGUCAAGAGAGUUUUUGUAGAUAAAGAAUCUCUACCAGCUGGAAUGGUAAAGCCAACAAAUGGUGAUCUUCUGUGCAUUUUGGAUGAAGCAGCUGGCAAAUACGUUAAAUAGAUUUCGGCUCACAUAUAAAUCCCGAGAUAAAUACGUCAUUCCUUUGCAAUUGAGCAUGCCUUUGUAUUUAACAUAGCUGUCUUGAUCUUUUUUUUUUUAAUUUUCGAAAAAAUUAACCCAAUAAUUAUAUAAAUUAAAUAAUUUAAUUAAAAGAAAUAUAAAAUUUUUAAUAAUAAAUUUUAAUUUUGUAUAUUUUAUUAAA